GUUUGUACUAAUUUAUUUAUUACAAUUCAGUUUACUUAUAUUGGCAAUCCUGUGUUUGAUGACGUCAUUGUAAAGUUCCGAAAUUGAAAUCAAUAAACGGUGUGCAAUGUUGUGUGCACAUGAUAGUCGAAGCGAAAUGGUGAUUAUAUCAAAACAAUUUGGCAGAGCGCAUCGUUUUUAUUUGUUAAGUACGAGAGUGUAAAUAUUUUAUUAGAAGAUGGCCCGAAACACGAAGAAAAAAUUGGCGAUAUUCGCUGGAACAUCAAAAUGUUUAAUAUAUGCAGAAGCAAAGUAUUGUGCCUCUGAAAUGCCUGGAGAAAUAAAAUAUUACGAGUGUCCUAGAACCGAAUAUUGUUGCGGUAUUGGUUGUUGCGUAUCACCUGGAUUACAUUUUCAUCAUUUAUGGUAUUAUUGGAUAUUGGUUAUAAUUAUGUUCCUGGUAUGCUCCGGUGGUGGAUGGUGGUAUCGAUAUUGGUUACAAGGAAGAUAUAGAGCAGCUGCAUCUGCUAUUCCAACUAGAGUUUCCAAUUCGCGAGCUCAGAGUUCUCUUCGGGGUGGAACGAUGUGUCAAGGGCAGAGAGCUCGUAUAACGUAUAAUUCAGCAAGGAAUACCGUUUUGUUGCAUCGUAUGUGGAAAGGCCCACAAAGAAAUGGAGCGAUACCCACUUACACCAGCAACAACGCAACAACAUCGACUCAUUACCAGAACAUGAGCGUUAUGUUAAAUGAUGCGAAUUGUCCAUAUUAUCAAUUAUAUGGACCACCUCCAAGUUACGAAACCGUGAUGGCUCAAACACGUGGUAAAGUAUCUAAUCCGGCUUCGCCAGAAUCAACGAAUGCCCGAUCAUCAAGCGUUGCGCCAAACGCAACGAAUUCAAAUGUAUCCCAAUGUUUCUCAUAUACGUGCAACCUCUCUACAGGAUUGAAUAACACUUUGGAUCAAAAUACGCAAUACUCGAAUGGUGAUACGAGUUCUCGGCAACUUGAACGCCGAGAAGGUAUCCCGUUUGUGCAUUUUCCUCAAUAUUGCUCGGUCACAGACGGAACGAUUAGGCAAAACGUAUGUCUUCCUUUCGUCUAUCGAGAACAACAAUUCGUUCCUAGAGAUACCUUUAGCCAUAUAUAUCAAACUAGUUCCAUGAAUUGUGUUCCAUAUCCGUUAGACAAAUCAAAUACCUCGAAUGCAGAGAAUCAAAGUUAUCGAGUGACGAAUACCGAAAGGUAUACAAUGGUAGAAUGUACAGCAGGUAGUAGUAGAGAACAAGAAGUUUGGGAGUCGGAUGAUCGUUCAAUUUCCAAAGUGCACGAUAAUCAAAUAAAAAGGAAUGCGAAUGAAAGAAUGAAAGAAAAAAAUCUGGGAGAAGAAGAAGAACAUGAAUCGGCAAUAGGGACAAGUUUCUCUUCUCUCUUUAAAAUCGAAGGAAGUAGUUCGAAUGAUUCGAAGUCGAUCGAGAAUUGGUUGGAAAGUUUCGAUUCAGAAUUAACGAAUGAUCGUCGUAUUUAUGGUGGUUCUUUAAAAAUAACCGGCAGAUACGCUGAUAAAGAAAGAUUAGACAAAUAUUCCGUUCAAAGGGCUUUCUCGAAAAUUUUGCCCCAUUCUUGCGAUGGACUUAUUAAUACAGAGCCAGCGUCUAUCGAUAUAUCUCAUAACGUAAGUUCUUUAGAAGGAAGAGCUAACGUUAGUGCGAGUUCUUUUCAAUCAAAUCCAUCCAAUAAUGUGAUAUUAAAAUGUUUUGUUUCCGACAACGCGUCUUUGUCCGUGGAGAAUAUCCAAAAAUUUGAACAAUCUCUUUCUCGUCCCGUAAACACUAGUACAAAUUCUGAUCUUGAAAGUAAAUAUCGAUUAGACAGAUCUAAAUCACUGGACUGAUCACUCGUGAAAUACUCGUGAAAUACUUACAUUUGCUAUCGUAUUACGCAUAUAGUGCUUAUUCUUGUACUCGUUAUUAAUUCAUACGUAUUCGAUCACGUUAUUACCUUGAAAUCGAUCGUGUUAACGCGCUAAUAUAUAUUAUGAAUCGCGGUAAAACAUUCAAUUCAUAAAAUUCUUCUAUAAUCAAUCCAACGAAACGCACUAUUGUUUUCUGUUUUAAAAAUUGAUCUUUGAAUCUCUCUCUCUCUCUCUCUCUCUCUCUCUCUCGCUUCAUUUAUCUAAAUAUAUUAAAUAUAUUAUUUAUCUAUGAUGUAUAUAUAUAUAUAUCUAGAUAUCUACUUUAUCUAUUCAUAUCUUUCAAUUUCAAGGCAUGGAAUUUAAUUUCGUUAAAUUCUGGGAAAUGUAUUUAAAUAUUAUGUUUUAUUUGAUGUUGAGAUCGUUGAAGUCACGAAACUAAAAAAUCGCCAAUACGUCUAAUAUCAAUAUAGGAUAGGUAUAUGUGAUACCAUUCAGAUUCUCGUACAGAAGAUAAGAGACUGACGGGACCACAUUUAACACUAUUCGUUCAAUUUGUCUCGAUUAUUUAUCAAUUAUAUACAGAAGUAAUUUGUUAUCUAUCAACAGUCGUUACUACAACGUGACUCGAUCUCAUUUUUUUAUACAAUACGCGAUACUGCCAAAAAUCUUCGAUCCUGUUCACUUCGAUAAUCGCUUUAAGUUAUAAAGUUAAUCGAUUAAAAAGUGCAUGCUUGAUUAUCUCCUUUUUCCUUCCACUUACAAAUGAGCUCAACCAAUUCCAAUUACGCACAAAAGCGUCCCUCGACGCUGUAAUUAAUCGUCCUACAUAAACGAGUAUAACUCAUUAGCGCACCUUUUUCUAAUCUUGGCACGACAACUUUACAAGCUGUAUAACAGUUUCUUAUUCUAUAAUUAUUAGAUUAAACUUAUUAUAUAAACCGUUUCGUAUAUUGUAUUCUCGAGAAAGAUAUGAGAAUCGGAUCAAUGAAAUUGACGAUGUAUCGUAUAUUUUAUCGAACAAAGGGCACUGUACUUGAUUUUCAAUUCGAACAUUUAUUACGUGUUUGUGUGUUUUUCUAAUAUACACUUUAAUACAAUUUUGCGAUUGUUUAUGAAUUUUCGAUCGAUAUCUUGUCAAACGCAAGUCGAUGUACGUAAUCGUUAUUAAGUUAUUAAGAUAUGCAAGCAAGAAUUUCACGAUUAUUGUUAAUCUGUUAGAUGGUAAAACGGAAGAUAUACGCGUAUAUGCGUACGAGAGAAAAUGGUUUGUUGGCCGAUUGCCGAGAAGCUAAAAGAGUAUAUUCGAGGAUAUAGAAUGAUGAAGCAGGCAGCCGAUGAUACGAAACGCGAAAAAUCAAAAUUCAAGAAAAAAUAUUGAAUUUUAAUCCGUAUUUACAGAUAAACGCCUUUUUCCUUAAGUAAUUACUUACCGAUUAUUCUCUUUCUCUCAAGUUGCGUACUUGAAAUCGUGAUAUCGGUGAAAAAUGAAACGCACGAAUCAAUGUCACUGUCGAUGUUGUUAAAAGUAAGAAGGCAUGUCUAUUACCGCGAAACAGAUUUAUCCGACGGAAGCUGUGCGCGCCAGAGUUGCAGUUAUUUUCGCAGCAUGAGUGCAGUGGAGAGCAGAAAUCGACUUGACGUACCAUCGCGUUUUUAAAUUUUCGAUUACAAGUUUUUGAUUAUAACAGCGGUCCAAAAAA